AACUUCCAACCCUCCUCCAGCCCCACCGAAAGCCUCCGGAGGGCCCCGGGGAAGGAGUCAGGCUUGGGGGAGCAGACGGCGCAACCACAGAGAUUUGAGGUCGCUCCCCCUGGACAGCUGGACACGCAUGGCAGGUUUUUUUUUUUGGGGGGGGAGGGUGCGGCCACCUUGCCUCUUCUUCCAUAGCCCUCAUCUUGACUCCUAGGACGACAAUCUCAGAGUCCUAGUGUUUUCCACCAGGGUCUGUUGCUUUCCUGACAAUUCGUGAGAGAGUACAUGUCACUGGCACCUUAAGGACCAAAGGUGUAGAGCAAAAGGUACGAUCACAGAGCUCUGAGCAGAAGGUGCACCUGUAUGCGCGCGCGCGCGCGCGUGUGUGUGUGUGUGUGUGUGUGUGUGUGUGUGUGUGUCAGAGUCCGGGAGGGUCCCAGAAAUCCUACUCUGUCCUACACCUGAAAGAACUCAGAUCCACCUUCACUCCCUCUACCUGUGUAUGAGGGGGCGAUCAGAGGGACCCCUAGGGGGUGAGCACCAGGAGGAAGGCAAGUGGGGCUUGCACCCUGCACCCAGCUUGGGGGGCAUCCUAGUGGAGUCGCGCCCUCUGCGCGUGUGCGCUCGCGUGGUACCUUGGCUUCCGUGAGUGGGGUGACAGCUGGGGGUGCGCGCUGAGGGCGCUCCGAGAACCGAGGUGCCGCCCCCCCCCCGCUCACGCCCGCCCUCCUGUGCACCCCAGCUUUGGUUGGGGAGCACCUUCUGUUUCGGGUGCGGCCGCGAGGCGCGGAGGCUGGGAGGUGAUAGGCCGCAGGCUGCGCAGACCUGGGUUGGAGAGGUCACACCUCUUUCGGAAAAAAAAAAAAGACAACAACUCUCGAGCUGCAAAGGUGCAGCCCGCCGGCUGGUUCCCACCUUCGAGUCAGCCCCGCUCGUGACGUCAGGUCGGAAACAGCCGGGGAGCGCGGCCGGGCGCGGGGAGCGGGGCGCGGGGAGCCGGGGAUGGGGAUUGGGCGGCAGGCGGCUGACGUGCGCUGACGCGCGGACCCCGGGCGCACUUGGCCGCGGCCGCCCCGCCACAUAAACAAAGGCACAUUGGCCGCCCGGCCAGUCGCCCGCCUCCCUCUCCGGCUCCGGCUCCCGCGCAGCUGCCCGGCUCCCGCUCGAUUCCGCUCCAGCUCCAGCUCCGGCGUCCCUGCCCCGCCUGCGCGCCCACCCCCCUCCCCGGCCCCCUGCUCCCGGGGGAAGAGCACUUCUCCGGACUUGACUGAAUGAAGACCCACGCUGGCAACUCCUAAGUGAGGAGGAAAACCAAGAGGCUGGACUCCCCAUUGCUUUUGUAAAACAAACAAACAAACAACAACAAAAAAAACCCCAACCAAACAAACCUUGGAAACUUUACCCGUAGUUGAAUUACGACACUGCCUGCCUUUCAUUUCUUCGAAAACUACUCUAAGGCUGAAGCCAUGCCUUGUGUUCAGGCGCAGUAUGGGUCCUCGCCUCAAGGAGCCAGCCCCGCUUCUCAGAGCUACAGUUACCACUCUUCGGGAGAAUACAGCUCCGACUUUUUAACUCCAGAAUUUGUCAAGUUUAGCAUGGACCUCACCAACACUGAAAUCACUGCCACCACUUCUCUCCCCAGCUUCAGUACCUUUAUGGACAACUACAGCUCAGGCUACGACGUCAAGCCUCCUUGCUUGUACCAAAUGCCCCUGUCGGGACAGCAGUCCUCUAUAAAGGUGGAAGACAUUCAGAUGCACAGCUACCAGCAGCACAGCCACCUGCCCCCUCAGUCCGAGGAGAUGAUGGUGCACUCCGGCUCGGUUUACUACAAGCCCUCCUCGCCCCCAACGCCCAGCACUCCAGGCUUCCAGGUGCAGCACGGCCCCAUGUGGGACGACCCGGGCUCCCUGCACAACUUCCACCAGAACUACGUGGCCAGCACGCACAUGAUUGAGCAGAGGAAAACGCCCGUGUCCCGCCUGUCCCUCUUCUCCUUUAAGCAGUCUCCACCCGGCACCCCCGUGUCCAGCUGCCAGAUGCGCUUCGAUGGGCCGCUGCACGUGCCCAUGAACCCGGAGCCGGCGGGCGGCCACCACGUGGUGGAUGGGCAGACCUUCGCGGUGCCCAACCCCAUCCGCAAGCCCGCGUCCAUGGGCUUCCCGGGGCUGCAGAUCGGCCACGCGUCGCAGCUGCUCGACUCGCAGGUGCCCUCACCGCCAUCGCGGGGAUCCCCCUCCAAUGAGGGGCUGUGCGCCGUGUGCGGGGACAACGCGGCCUGCCAACACUAUGGCGUGCGCACCUGCGAAGGCUGCAAGGGCUUCUUCAAGCGCACAGUGCAAAAAAAUGCAAAAUAUGUGUGUUUAGCGAAUAAAAACUGCCCAGUGGACAAGCGACGCCGGAACCGCUGUCAGUAUUGCCGGUUUCAGAAGUGCCUGGCUGUAGGAAUGGUCAAAGAAGUGGUUCGCACGGACAGUUUAAAAGGCCGGAGAGGUCGCUUGCCCUCGAAACCGAAGAGCCCACAGGAGCCCUCUCCCCCCUCUCCCCCGGUGAGUCUGAUCAGUGCCCUCGUCAGGGCCCAUGUCGACUCCAACCCGGCUAUGACCAGCCUGGACUAUUCCAGGUUCCAGGCAAACCCUGACUACCAAAUGAGCAGCGACGACACCCUGCACAUCCAGCAGUUCUAUGAUCUCCUGACCGGCUCCAUGGAGAUCAUCCGGGGCUGGGCCGAGAAGAUCCCGGGCUUUGCUGACCUGCCCAAAGUGGACCAGGAUCUGCUGUUUGAAUCGGCUUUCUUAGAACUGUUUGUGCUGCGAUUAGCAUACAGGUCCAACCCAGUGGAGGGUAAACUCAUCUUUUGCAAUGGGGUGGUCUUGCACAGGUUGCAAUGCGUGCGUGGCUUUGGGGAAUGGAUUGACUCCAUUGUUGAAUUCUCCUCCAACUUGCAGAAUAUGAACAUCGACAUUUCUGCCUUCUCCUGCAUCGCUGCCCUGGCCAUGGUCACAGAGAGACAUGGACUCAAGGAACCCAAGAGAGUGGAGGAACUGCAAAACAAGAUUGUAAAUUGUCUCAAAGACCACGUGACUUUUAAUAACGGGGGACUCAAUCGCCCCAACUACUUGUCCAAACUCUUGGGAAAGCUCCCAGAACUCCGUACCCUUUGCACACAGGGGCUCCAGCGCAUUUUCUACCUGAAACUGGAAGACUUGGUACCACCGCCAGCAAUAAUUGACAAACUUUUUCUGGACACUCUACCUUUCUAAGACCUCCUCCCAAGCACUUCACAGGAACUGGAAAGAAAUCUAAAACUUGUCCAGAGGGGGGCAAGUCCUGAGGGCAGAGAUACCCCUUCUGAGAUGCUCAAAUGCUAGUCAGGCCACAUCCCUCCCAUAAACCCUUUAGCCCCUGGAACCCUAAGGGAAAACAAAAACAAAACAAACAAACAAACAAACAAACUGUUGCUAUUUCCUAGUCUGCUGGCAGAAGCUGAAAGGGCAGCUUUAUUUUGGGGCAUCCUGGACAACACAAUAUAGGGGGUAUUGACUUUUUAUUAUGAGUUUGAAAAUCAGUUUCUUGUUCAGAAGAAAGAUUCCUUAUGUGUGAUGGGGGAAAGUUUGGCCCUGUUUGGUUACUGAAGUUAAGACAAAUCACACACACACACACACACACACACACACACACACACACACACACAUACACACAUACACACACCUACCUUAAGGGGACCUAGAAGUAUUGCCCUUUAAAAGAUUCAAAGUUUCCUGCUGUAAAGAAAGUUGUAAUAUAUAGAAAAACUAAAUGUUGCGUGGGUGGCAUGAGUUAAAGAAGGCAAAGGCUUGUAAAUUUACCCAAUGCAGUUUGGCUUUUUAAAUUAUUUUGUGCCUAUUUAUGAGUAAAUAUUACAGAUUCUAAAAGAUAAGUGUGUUUGCAAAAAAAUAAUAAAUACACAAAAAGGGAUAAGCAUGUUGAUUCUGGGUUGAAAAUGUUAUAGGCACUUGCUACUUCAGUAAUGUCUAUAUUAUAUAAAUAGUAUUUCAGACACUAUGUAGUCUGUUAGAUUUUAUAAAGAUUGGUAGUUAUCUGAGCUUAAACAUUUUCUCAAUUGUAAAAAAAAAAGGUGGCACAAGUAUUACACAACAGAAAUCCUGGCAAAAGGGACACAUAGUGUCUGUAACACCAUCCAACAUUCCUUGUUUGUAAGUGUUGUAUGUACUGUUGAUGUUGAUAAAAGAAAGUUUAUAUCUUGAUUAUUUUGUUGUCUAAAACUAAACAAAACUUGCAUGCAGCAGCUUCUGGCCGUUCCAGAGUGCUUAUACUAUACAUAACUUCUUGGAAAUUACUGAGCACUUUGAAUUUUUUGUUCUUUUUAAAUGUCUAAAAUUGUCACUUAAUAUAUUAUUUUCUGUUAGAGUAUGGAUUUUAAUAUUGCCAUAUUCUGUAGGAUUUUCCUUUGUAUAUUUCCAGUAUGGCACAUGAUAUACCACUGCCUUUUUUUCUAUGGUGUAUGACAGUUAGAAAUGCUGAUUUUUUCCCCUCCUGAUACAUUCUUUCUUUGAGAAAGACAAUUUUAAUGUUUACAACAAUAAACUAUGUAAAUGAACAGAA